AUGGCUCCCCCUCCAAGAACCGCUAUUAUCGUGUACUCAUUGUACCACCACGUCGCCACCUUGGCCCAAUCUGUCAAGUUGGGCAUUGAGGCCGCUGGUGGACAGGCAGACUUGUUCCAAGUCCAAGAAACACUCAGCCCCGAGAUUUUGACCAAAUUGAAGGCUCCUGCUCCUCUCGACUUCCCUAUUGCUACUGCAGAAACCUUGACCAAGUACGACACCUUCUUGUUCGGUGUUCCUACCAGAUACGGUAACUUCCCUGCUCAGUGGAAGACUUUCUGGGACACCACCGGAGGCUUGUGGGCCUCUGGUGCCUUGAGAGGCAAGUACGCCGGUGUUUUCGUGUCCACAGGCACUUUGGGUGGUGGUCAGGAAGUGACUGUGCUUAACACUUUGUCUACAUUGGCCCACCACGGUAUCGUGUACGUGCCUUUGGGUUACGCCCACCCCAAGCAGACCACUUUUGACGAAAUCCAUGGAGGUUCUCCUUGGGGCGCUGGAACGUUCGCCGGAGGUGACGGUUCCAGAAAGGUGACCGAUUUAGAGAAAGACAUCGCCAAAACUCAGGGUGAAGAGUUUUUCAAGAUCGUUACCAAGUUUAAGAAUUAG